AAAAACAAAAAAAAAAAGCCCAGAUGACUGGAAAAGCGAAAGAAAACCCAAUAGAGAAGAAGAGCAUUUGACUAGCCUAAUUUUACACAUUUCCUCUGCUCUGUUAAUGCCAUUGUAGAGAUUGUGAUUUUCACCUCUAUCAACUUGGAGUAGAAAGAAUUAGCAAAAUGGCCUAUGAGAUAACUGAGCAAAAGAAGAUUGGCAUAGGUCUUAUUGGAUUUGGCAUCUUUUUCUCAUUACUUGGUGUGAUUCUCUUCUUUGAUAGAGGUUUGCUUGCAUUGGGGAAUAUCUUUUGGUUGACUGGGGUAGCCAUUUUGCUCGGUUGGCGUUCUACUUUGAAACUUUUUACCAACCAAGCAUAUUACAAGGGCACUAUAUCUUUCUUUCUUGGGCUAUUUUUCCUUUUUGUUCGAUGGCCACUAGUUGGAAUAAUCUUGGAAAUAUAUGGUUGUAUUAUUCUCUUUGGUGGUUUUUGGCCAUCUGUAAAGGUGUUUCUGAAUCACAUUCCAGUUGUGGGAUGGAUCAUAAGUUAUCUUUUCUGAUUCUUUAUCCACCAUAAGAGGACGCUUUCGACUUGGUUCAGAUUGCGAAGAAGUGAUGUCUUCUCAGUUUGAGAAUCAUCGUUCAGAUAAGCAUAAGAAGGAAAGGUGGGGCUAGAACUGUGCUAUAUAUGAGGACCAGAUUAAUGGUACAAAAAGUUAUCGAGUAUUCAGCUCGCAAACUGUGAUUAUCUGAAAGAGAAUGGUUUUGUAUUUUGUAAGUUAACAAUGAAAAAAUAAUUGAACAAGUUUCAU